UUAUAACAGUAAAUUACAUAGUAUUGUGACUUUGAUCUUGCAGAAUGGAUUUCACUUUUUAUUUUGUUUUAACCCUUUUUAAUUUAGCCUGGUGUGCACAAAAAGUAUGCUUUAACGACAUUUCAAACGUGGACACAUCAUGUACUCCCGACUAUUAUUGGAGAGAUUUUUAUGGCAAAAUUCCACCAGACGCGAUCGAAGGUGGGAGGACAGCGGCUGGAACACCAUUUUAUGUCGCUCAAGUGUACAUCAGAAAUUUUGAACUGUUGCCAGCUAUGGUUUUUCCUAACAAACCAGAGGCUAUUACAAGCGCUUAUAAUAAAGAGCUUAAACCUACCACCCACAUAAAGGUACUAUGUAGCAAAAACAAAGAUAACUUUAAGUGGGUACCUACUAGAAGCGAAGAUUUAAGCCUACUUACAAACACCCAUCUUGUUGUUGGUGGUAAUGAAGUUGGCCAAGUACUGUACAUUGGAAGAGUUUUUGAUGAAACAUCCACAGUUUUGGGAAAAAUAUUCAAACAUAACCAACCCAACAAGGGAAUAUGGGUUCCAAGUCAAGGACACCAUGCUAAUUAUUUCAAUUAUGAAGUCUUGACUUACGUCUGUCCUAAUGAUAAAUUGGCUAUAGAAUCUGAAUAAAACUUAUUGUCACUGUC